UCGUAAGCAGUAGCAUGCUGGAAAAGCAUGUUCUUAUGACUUUUCUUCUCGUGGGCUGCAUCUUGACGCUGGUAUACGGAAGGGUUCCAUGGAAUUUUGUUCCCAGCAUGCGCGACUUCGUAAAUACGACAGAAAAAAUAUGGACGUACUUCACAAGUGAACCUAUCGAAAUUGAGUGUAAGGCAGACGAAAAACAAUACCUCAGCCUGAUUUCGAUUGAAUUCGAACGGUCUUACUACUACAGGAAGAAAAAGAUGUGCUACUCACUAGUGGGCAGGUUUGAUCCCAAGCACAAAGACGUCAUGAUAAUUCACUCUCCAGUGGCAUGACAAUUUGGGCAGUUCGCGUCCGGCGCGGCAGUUACGGAUGGCCUUCAGUUGGCAGAUCACAGGGCUCGAGACACGCGUUGCAGAACGAGGUUCGCUGCAGCUUCACACCACGCGCUGUCUGAACAACGCGCUCCGCAGAGUUUAUUCGUUGUCAGCCCACGCCCUGCCCCAAAGGACGUGUAAAACGCUGGUUGGCAUC